UCUUUGCGAGCAGAGAACACGCCGAGGAGAGGAAGGACACGCGCUUACGCAUACAUAGACAUUGAAAAAGGAACGAGGGAGCGCGCGCACACACUCACUCAAGCCUCUAUCGUUUCGCUGUCCCUGUCCGACGAAAGACCCCAACACUUGACUCUCAUCGUGAAACCAAGUCACAUUACACGUUCGCCCUCCGACCUGACCGUUCCAUGACCGUGAUCAUCCCUUAAAAAUUUUACAAGUUUGACGUAUUUUAUUCGUUAUCAUUAUCUCAAUUAUCAAAUUUAAAAGAGGAGGAUUCUUACGAUAUUCCUUAAUGUCGAGUUUUUAAGAUUUAAACGAACGUUCGGCGUGUUGUCUUGAAAGUGUCAAAUAAGUUCACUUUGAGAAACGAGUGAUUCGAAAUUAUUUUCUAUUCAAAGAAGAGGAAAGAUAAGUAAUAUUGAUCGAUCAAAAAUUUUCUACGUUCUGCGUUUCUAGGAUCUUCGAAGCUAGGAAUCUAAACGAACGGAUAAUGCUUUAGAAUGUUGUCCUCUUCAAUAUCGGCUACUCCGUUCAGCGUACGUGAUAUCCUUAACGAGGAUCAACAGUUUGCAGUAAUGGAGUGUUAUCCUCAUCAUCAACAUCAACCUCAUCAUCAACAACAACAACAACAACAUCAACAACAACAGCAACAGCAACAGCAACAACAACAGCAACAGCAGCAGCAACAACAACCACAACAACCUCAUAUACCACAGGAUUAUUACGCGUACAACGUGGUGCCUGACAAUAAUUGGGACACGGACAAAUUCAAGGAACAAGGGGUGCCUGGUUAUUCUCAUUAUUCCGAAUUAAAUCAUGUACAUCAGCUGAGUCAAGUCGUCCCGCCUUAUCAAGAAACUCCUGUCACCGAAGAUGGGAACAUCGUGACGUCAAGCAAAACGGAAUUGCGAAAGAGUCAGUCCGGUAAAAGAACGAAAAGAAAACCAAGAGUAUUAUUUUCGCAGACACAAGUUUAUGAAUUGGAACAACGUUUCAAGCAACAACGAUACCUAAGUGCACCAGAACGUGAAAUGUUGGCGCAGAGUUUGAAGUUGACAAGUACUCAGGUGAAAAUCUGGUUCCAGAAUCGUCGUUACAAGAACAAACGUGCGAGACUCGAGGACGCUGAGAAACUUCAGGCACAGGGUAUGAAGAAUCAAUCGUUGAAGAAAAUUUCUGUACCCGUUUUGAUAAAAGAUGGUAAACCGAACGUUCACGAAGCUUACAACGUACCAUAUUGGUCGAACGUCCGACCGGACAUGUCAAUGAACAUUCAAGGAGACUUUAGAAGUUCUGAAUCGAUCGUUAGAUUGAGCCCAGAGUUCAGAACAAGUUCGAGCGAGAUGAGAAUGGAUUCGAAUAUCAGUCCGGAGUACAGAAAUGAAGUCAAUUCUGAUCAUAGCAAUAGGUCUGUACUUAACAUUGACGUACAACAAAGACAACAAAUGUUGCCGAACAACGAAUACAGAUCCAAUUACGUUACGGAUAUUCGUCCUGGUGUUCACGAGUGUGUCAGAACGAUCAAGACCGAAUACAAAGGUACAACAAAUCCUGUUAACGACGUAACCUUUCCCGAUUUGAAAUGUGUACCGGCGGAUAACAAAAUGGUAGCCGAGUGUCGAGCUGGUAUAAUGGAUGUCUCCAGUACCGAGUAUGGUUUCACGAAUUAUAUCAGUCCGUUGAAUUAUCCGAUGCAAUAUGUGAACACGAUCGACGCACAAAUAUCGUCAGGAAUUGAUCAAAAUCUUCAACGAUUGUGGUAAAUCGAAGAUUAACACUGGUGAUUUUACCUACGACGUACGAACUUAAAUAAGUGUUUACAUUUUUUUAUUGACGAAAACACAUCGACCAAUGAAAUCCGAUUUUUGGAUUAAUUAUUAGAUUGUAAUAUUAAUAGAGAAGACAAAAACGAAGACGAUAUUGAUGGAACGACGAAUCUCCGAAAUUUUUAU